AUGAAUAUCUCAAAGAUUUUUUAUUUUUUUAAUUUCUUGUUUAUUGUAAAUUUAAUAUUACCAUGUUUAUCCCAAAAUAAAAUUUCUAAUGCAAAUAACAUGGAUUCAUUAGAACAUGUUGAUGCAUUUUUAGAGAAAAGAAAAAAAAGAAAAAGAAAUAUAAUUUUGUGUUCAUUAAUAUUAACUGGCUUAAUUACAUCUGCUGCUAUCGCAUGUGGAGUUGGAUGGUAUAUAAAAAAAAAUAAAGAUGAUAUAUUUGAAUAUCCUGAAUAUCCUGAAUUUUCUGAAUUUCCUGAUAAUUUUUUCACACAACCUGAUGGAGAAAUGCCAGGUACUAGUCAAAGUGAUAUUACUACUGAGUCAGCUGUAUCUAACAUAAAUAAAAUAGAUUUAAAUAAACCAUUAAUUGAAAAUAAUAAACAAGAAGAUAUCUCUUUUAAAAAAUUUAAUGCAUUUGUGGAUAGUUCGAGAUUAGCAAUAAAGAAUCUUUUUAAUAGUUUAAAUGAUUUAGAAAAAUCAGUUUUUAUAGUAGAUAAAGAUUAUAUGAGAAAAGUCAUUCAAAACUUAGAAUCAAAUAGAAAUGUAGAACUUUCAAGAAAACAAGAAGAUAAAGCAGUUCUAGAAAUGGAAUACUAUUUACAAAAAUUAUAUGCAAAUUAUUUAAGUGAAGCAAUUCAUACAAAAGGAGAAAAAUAG